AUGGCAUUUCCAGGCUGCAGUGCUUUAUGGGAUGAUCUGAACUGCUGGCCUCAUGCUGAAGUAGGAGAGACUGUGUCACAGCCAUGCCCCAGUUUCCUUCGGGUCAAAGGAGCGGUGAUGAAAAACUGCACUGAGAAUGGGUGGUCUGAAGUCUUUCCCCCGUACGAACUCGCCUGUGGCCAUGGGCUUAAUGACAGCUUUCAAAUUCCCAUUGACUUGGAGGUCUCACAUGAGUAUUUCUUUUAUGUGAAGAUUAUGUAUUCUACGGGAUAUGCCAUCUCUCUUGUCUCACUCAGCAUUGCCCUCACAGUGUUGUGUGUGUUCAGGAAGCUGCACUGCACUCGUAAUUUUAUUCACAUGCAGCUUUUUUUGUCCUUCAUCUUGAGAGCCAUCUUCAUCUUCAUCAGAGAUGCUGCGCUGCAUUACUCACAGGAGUACUACCACUGCAACUCUCAUCCGCCUGGCUGCAAAGUGGCACUGUUCCUGUCUAAUUACUGCAUCCUGGCAAAUUACAGCUGGCUGCUGGUGGAAGGACAUUAUCUGCACAGCCUCAUAAACCUCUCACUGCAUUCACAGAAGAAACGCCUGCACUGGUACAUCCUGCUUGGUUGGGGGAUCCCGAUGCUCAUUAUUAUUAGCUGGAGUUUGGCCAAAUACCUGCACCAGGAUGAAGGAUGCUGGGAGACGAGAGAUCAUGGCUGGAUAUGGUGGAUACUGCGAGUUCCAGUCAUCAUUUUUAUCACAGUAAACAUGCUGUUUUUUCUGAGUAUUAUUCGGACAUUAGUGGCAAAACUGAAAGCUCCUGACAUGCAUGGAAAUGAAAUUAAUCAUCACAGGUGAGAGAUAAUAACACGUUUGAGGUCACUAGCAGAAUUGCGAAAAUAAUGAACAUGACAAAAAUAAUGUGCAUUUUUAAUGGAAAAUUAUUUUUUGUUCUUUUGUUGUGUACGGCUUGGGUCACAGAAAUGACAUACUCCAGCUGAACAAACACAGCUUCGUAUGAUUGAAAAAUCAAUGAGUGCAUAAAACAGAUGCAGAAAUCUUACUCAUCAUCCUCUUUUU